UGUAAUGGAAAUCAACCAUCAGGUAAAUCACGGAGAAAAACAUCCUCAGCACUGGAGGAGCUGCAAGUUGAUCGUAGACCCUGCGUUGAAGAAUGGGUUUUAUAAAGUGUAUCGUUACGAUGGGCAUCAUUUCAACAUGCCAGUUCAGGACUUAGGGGCAUUUCCUGUGGAUACUGUCCGGGAUCCCAGAAUCUGUCGUCUUUGGACCAAAUUCAGAGACACUGACCUGCUGGUCCCCAAAUUUAAGAUUGAUGAAUGCUAUGUCGGCCCACCCAAGGAAGUGACAUUUGCCAGGUUAAAUGACAACGUAGGGGAGGGUUUCUUGACUGACAUGUGCAUAAAGUACGGACAGAUUGAGGAAGUGGAAAUCUUGUAUAAUCCUAAAAACAAGAAGCAUUUAGGAAUUGCUAAAGUCAUCUUCGACACAGUCAAGGCUGCAAAGGACACUGUGGAACACCUUCAUGACACCUCUGUCAUGGGGAACAUUAUCCACGUGGAACUUGAUCCAAAGGGUAAAAACAGAAUGCGGUACUUCCAUCUUCUUGUUAGUGGACUCUACACCCCUUCAACAUUGCCACUGGGCAGUGAUGAGCACACCCUCCAAUGCCUAACUGAGAGAUUGCAGGACAGCAAACCUCUGCAGAAACUGACUGAUGGGAGUUCAUCAUUGACAAGGUCUAUUUCCAGUCCCACCAGCGUGGCUACACCUCUCUCCCUAGACACAGCCUACUCCAGUAUCUGGCAGGACACACCGGGCAGCUUUGGGCAGACACCCCUCUCUCAGGGCACCCCUCAUACCCCCUGCCUGUCUGGGACACCCCUCUCUCAGGACUCUUGCUACUCUAGCCAGCACACCACCCCAGUCCACCAAGUCACUCAGGGUGAACACUCCUCAUACGGUGCUCACAGACGCUUGAGGCGCGAUGUCUGCUAUCGUCAACCAGGGAGACCUUAUAUGAGAUCCCACCAUCAGAGCUCAGAGCUGAGCUCUCUCCUCAAACACCUCCAACCUCACCGUCCUCUCCAACCCCAAACCCAGGUUGCUAGCGGCAGCUACAAAUCUUCCGUCUUCUGGUAUCAGAACCGCCUGCCCUCGGGUGAUGAUAACCCUGCCACAGAGCCUCCCCUCCACCUCUCCCUUCCUGAACAGGAGUCCUGGAGGGUGCCCUCUAUACCUCCUGCCUCUGAGGCUUUCCAUCUGAGCAGCAGCUCUGCCAGUGCCACAAGUAUGAACGUGGUACCUCUGAGGGAGAGACCCCAGUCUCCCCCUUCUGGACCCGAUGCGGGCCUUAUAGAACCGCCCCCUUCCCCUCCCAAUAACUCUCCUGGAAGCCUCAUCCCAGAGGCAGAGAGCCACAGCCUGGACUCACGCAUUGAGAUGCUUCUCAGCAAGACUCAGAGUUCCUGCCUUCCUCUACAUGGUGAAAGGGGUUUGGAUGCUGAAGUGCACUCUCAGGACAGCCCUGUUUCCCCAUUCUCCCCUGCCUCAAUGUACUCUCCUGAGUCUAACCACACCCCAGCCCGUAGUGGAUCUCCUGUGAACUGUACCCACCCCACCACCAGUGAUGGUCUGGAGGAUGUCAGUCCCACUCCCCUCCCUGAGUGGGAAGGAGACGAGUCCCUUCCAGGGAUGUCUUCUCUAAUAUGGACCUCACAGCCCCCCUGGCCUCCUGGGACGCUCUCUCUCACUCAAAGGGAGAGAAGUAAAGGAACAGAGAUGGACCAUGCAGAUCAGUCAACCUCUAGUGAAAAGUAUAUGGGACGGGCACUCCAUUCCUUAUCAUUUUCUCAGGGUCUCCAUUUGCCAGGGGAAGACAAGGACAUCUCAAAUGCGGGGCAAUCUGGAAUGUCAAAUCUCAAAAGCCAUUGUUCCAGGAGCAUCACAGUCAACUCCUUCAUUCCCUCCUUGCCACAGCCUCUUCCAAUCUCCUCUCUCAAUCACCCUGCUCCAAUCCCUCCCUACAAUCCUCACUCUUCAGUUCCCUCUUCCAAUCCUCCCCCAUCAAUCACCCACUCCAACCUCCCCAUUCGAUUCUCUCCCUCCAACCCUCACCCUCAAAUCCACCCUUCCAUCCAUCCCAUUUCUGCUCCUCUUUCUAUUCCAAUCCCACCUCCAGGAUUCCAUCUGCUUCCUCCACACAUUCCUCCCCCUCUCACUAUCCUUGGGCCUCCUCCAACUAUGGCAGCCCCCCCCUCUAUCCUACAUCCAGUUUACCCAUAUCCCUUGAAUACGCUGCACACUGUGCAUAUGGACAAGGUGAAUGGUCUGCCUGGGUGUGGCAGUGUGCCAGUGUCUUUUACUGGGCAACCCUGGCCCCUGCCUCCCUUCAUGCCCACCUUCAACCCCUCUGUGCCCCCGCCAGGCUACCUGCCUCUGCAGGAGGACCCUCAUAAGGCCACAGUGGAAAAAGUGCUGGCUGUCAUUACGGAGGAGCUUAAGUCCAUCGUGAAGAGAGACAUCAACCGUAAAAUGGUUGAGGGGGUAGCCUUUAGGGCGUUUGAUGAGUGGUGGGAUGGCCAGGAGCUGAAAGCUAAGAUUGCUGUAAGUCUUGUGAAUGCCAGAGAGGGUAGAGUGGAGGUGAGGGCCAAACCAAGAGACUCCCUAAGACAGAACAUUGGCCCGCGUGGUGCCACCAACCUGCCUUCCUUCAAGGUAAAGAAGAAAGAGUCCGACGAAUCGACUGCUUCAGAGGACCCCAAAAGAAAGUGUCCCUACACACCUGUUAAUGAUGCAUAUGAGAGUGCUGAGCUGGAGAGUAAUAUAACGAAUCACACAUUGGACAGGUCCCCAAAAACUGGAACUAUUCCAGCUGUGAGGCGAAGACAUGCAAGGCCACUGGAGCUGGACAGUGAGGGGGAAGAGGAGAGCAAAGAGAAAGAGGGGGAGCCAACAAGAGACAAAGAGGAGGAUACUGUGGAAGCAGACAAGGUUCCCCAACGCCAGAGGGAUGAAAAUGAUGACAGUGAACAAAAAGAGGAAGAAGUGGACGAGGAUGAAGAUGAUGAUGAAGAUGAUGAUGAAGAUGUGGUCUUCUCUAAAGUUACAAGAGGAUUACAGUCUCCAAAUGAGGAAGUUGCCAGGGUAAGCCUCUCAGAGGUAGAGUCUUACUCCUCACAAGACAGUGAAUACCUCUCAGAGUCUGACUCAUCUGACUCCUCCUUUGAGGAAAGUGAAGACUUCUCAGACUAUGACUCCAGUUCUGACCAGGAGACAGAGGAAGAGGAUGAGACAGAUGAAGAUGCUGAUGAGGUCAACAGGGAGGUAGAGUGUGUGGUGUUGUCAUCAGAUGAGGAGGAGAUGGAUCUGGAGCCCCCGGCCACACCCUCAGCCCCUCUUACCCCAGGCACGGAGCUGGACCUACUGGAUGGGUCAGAGCCAGUCCUGAGGGAUCAGCCUUGGGAGGAAAAGCACUCAGUCUGUCUAACUCGAGAUGUCUUUGGGCGCACCAGCUGCACAAGCCGACCUGACCCAGGGAUGGAGCUCCUGUCCAGUGAGCACCACCAUGAUCUCCAGGCCCCCUCACCCAUAGGACUGCCAGUGGUGGAGCCUGACUUUGCAGUGGAGAUAGAUAGCCCUGAAUGGAGCGUUGAGUCACCAGAUAACGUGGAGAACCUCCGGCCUCUCACCCCCACUGGCUCUCUGGGGGACAGCGACUCAGACCUACUGUUCAAGAGCAAACCAACCCCCCCUGCUGUGGAGGAGGUGGAACUGCCACACACUCCUGGCCGGGGAGCAGAGGCCCUCCUUGAGAGUGAGGAGGACUCUAUGGACCACCUCCUCUCCUUUUCCCCCACAGACAGUGAGCCUUUGUCCCAGAGCCGCCCCACUCAUCGCCCUGCCUUAGCCUCGUACCCAACAUAUGAGGACAUGCCCAAAACACCAGGGAGAGAUGAGAGGGGUCUAUGGAAUCCCCUUACCCCCUGGAGGGUGCCAGUGACACCGGGCAGAGAGUCAGGCCUCACAGAGGGAGACCCAGGGUUUAGUCCCACUCCCUGUAACCCUUUCCCCCUCCCCUCCCUGUGCACCGGCCUCUACAUCAGGACCCCACAAACUCCUGGGAGGGACUUCAUCCCAACCAAGAGAACACACAGGAAUACCACCGUUAUGUUGGCCUCUUCACAGAGGACUAAUGGUGCUCCUUUAUCCUGUGAUGAAAUGCUUACAGACGCACCUGUUUUAGCUUCUUCUCCUAGCAGCCUGUCUGAGUCAUCAGCAGAAACUUCUGGCCAUGGGUAUGUGUGGCUUGAUCCUAAUCCUGGGUCCCAGAGGAAGUUACCCCUGCAGGGCCUGGAGAACUGGUCAGGGCUGGUGGAUGUGGAGAACCAGAGAGAGAUGGAGAAGUGCUCCUGGAGGAGGGUACAACCAAGAAUGAGGCGGAAGAUGAGGCGGAAGAUGAGGCGGAGGAUGAGGCGAUGGCAAAGGAUGAGGUCAGUGCAGAGAGCCAUGCCCUCUGUCUUCUCGGCCAGUCCCUGUCGUCGGUCACGAAGUGAGGAGAUGACUGUCCUCCACAGUGUCUGGAAGGAGGGCCUGGAUGAGGAGGAUUCCAAGCUGCUGCAGGUCACCUAUGACAGGCUGCUACAGCAGGACAAUGGCUUCAGCUGGCUCAGUGACACUCUCUGGGUCCCCCACCCUCUCACCAGAGUCUUGACGGAGAAGAGGAAGGAGCUCAAUGACUGGAUGUGGGACCAUGUGACAGGAUCUGCCCGCAGCGAGGGCUUUUACAAAAUCAGCAAGAAUGACAAAAUAAAAUACCUCAACAGCACGUGUUUGAAUACAGACCAGCCCUCUGCAGACACCCAGGGGGUAGGUCUUUCAAGCCAGCCACACCCUUCCCUGCGGUCUGGGUCUGAGUUCAGGUCUGAACAACGUCGUCUGCUCUCCUCCUUCAGCUGUGACAGUGACCUGCUCAGGUUUAACCAGCUUAAGUUCCGCAAGAAGAGGAUUCGUUUCUGCCGCAGUCACAUCCAUGACUGGGGCCUGUUUGCCCUGGAGCCCAUAGCAGCAGAUGAGAUGGUGAUUGAGUAUGUGGGCCAGUGCAUCAGACAGGUGAUUGCAGAUAUGCGGGAGAAGCGCUAUGAAGAUGAGGGGAUUGGGAGCAGCUACCUGUUCCGGGUCGAUCAGGAUACCAUCAUCGACGCCACUAAAUAUGGGAACUUGGCCAGAUUUAUCAACCACAGCUGCAAUCCUAAUUGCUAUGCAAAAAUAAUCACAGUGAAAUCCCAGAAGAAGAUAGUGAUCUACUCCCGGCAGCCCAUCAGUGUCAAUGAGGAGAUCACGUAUGAUUACAAGUUCCCCAUCGAGGAUGAGAAGAUUCCCUGUCUGUGUGGAGCAGAGAACUGCCAGGGCUCCCUCAACUGAACUCUGAACCCUUGUCUCCAGCCCCCCUCUCAAGCACUCCUGACUGUCCUGCUGCCUUACAGUUCCUGACAUAGGAAUAAUAAUACCUCCCUUUCCAACCAAGGUUCAUGAAGAGUGGAGCAAGCUGAAGAUUCAAAGAUGUUCAGCAACUCUUGGGCAGACAAUUGAAGUUCCUUUCAAAAAAAGUGAUUUAUUGUUAAAACAGUUUGUGGAAAAAACACACACCCCCUGCACCAGGGAUGGGCGCUGUUCUCCUCUCCCUUAAAAUUACUACACAGGGUGGGGUAUGAUAUUGCCUUGCCCUGUAGAGGUGAUUUCUUGUGCAAAUGUGUACAUGACGAGUUAAAUGUUUUCAUUCAUGAGAGCUAAUGAAGAUGUAUUCAGCUUGUGUCAAGCAUUUUAUUACGUUAUUUUGGUCAUUGUUCUCUCAGGUUGGUUGUUUUAGGCAGAGUGGUCACUAUAUUUAUAAAUCAUUUGGUUCAUUAUGUCUUUUUCACAAGUUCUCUCUCGCACACACAAACACUGUGAAUGAGGAAGGAGUCACAAUGCAGUUGUAGUUUUAUUACAUGCACGUAAAAAUGUAUGCUGAAAGUAUCCAAAGUAAAAAAGUUUACGAAAGCAAUUGGGGGAAUCAAAAUGAACAAGUAAAGUGUAAAAAAGACUUUUAGUUCAUGGAAAGGAUACAAUAAACUGACAUGUUGUCAUUGUGCAUCUUAUUGAGUCAUAUGUUGUGGUUUAUUACUUCCUUCCACUUAUAUAGGAUUUGUUUUCAGAAGUAAGGCAAAUAAGACAAUGUGAAGCUAAGACAACAGAGUUAAUGUCAUACUUAAAAAGUGCUUGUUAAUACCAGAUUUGAUAACAUAGCUGGCUCAAAUCUAAUGAUGAUGUCUGCUCUUUUUCUGUUGCUUUGGAUUGUACAUCACCAUAUUUGAUCAUACUUUGAUUGUCACAAAAAUGUGUU